AUGGCGGAACCUAUCCCGUCUCCCAGAGGAUAUCCUAUCAUUGGAAAUGCUCUCGAUAUUGAUGCGGAAUAUCCUAUGAUGAGCCUUUCCAACCUGGCUAAUAGAUAUGGAGAGAUAUUCAAGCUUACCCUGGGCGGGCACCAAAGAGUCUUUAUCUGCCGGCGGGAGCUUUUCAACGAGCUGAUGGACGAAAAAAGAUUUGAAAAAGCCGUCACCGGGGCUCUUUUGCACAUUCGGAGCGCCGUCCAUGACGGCCUAUUCACUGCCUUUCCGGGAGAGCACAAUUGGGGCGUGGCGCAUCGAGCAUUAAUGCCGGCGUUUGGGCCGAUAUCCAUUCGUGACAUGUAUGAUGAGAUGUACGACAUUGCCACCCAGCUGGUGCUGAAAUGGUCCCGCUAUGGUCCAGAGCAUGAUAUCAAGGUCACAGAUGACUUUACCCGGUUGACCCUGGACUCGAUUGCUUUAUUCAAUUCCUUUUAUACCGAGGAGAUGCAUCCAUUUGUCGAUGCCAUGGUCGGGGUGUUGAUUGGUGCCGGCGAGCGUGCACGACGACCGCCACUCCCGAGCUACUUCUACCAAGCCGCAGAUAAGAAAUUCCAGGACAACGUGGACCUGAUGCUCAGAAUCGCGACCGAUCUCGUCAACCAUCGUCGCGAGAAUCCCUCGGACAAGAAAGAUCUCCUGAAUGCUAUCUUGUACAACAAAGAUCCUCAGACAGGCGAGAAUCUGAGCAACGAGAGUAUCGCUUACAACAUGAUCACGUUUCUCAUCGCAGGCCAUGAGACUACCUCGGGGCUUCUUUCUUUCGUCUUCUAUGAGCUGCUGAAGAACCCGGAAGCUUAUCAACGAGCCCAAAAGGAGGUCGACACAGUGAUUGGGAACGAUGCAGUUACAGUGCAACACCUCUCCAAACUGGAAUACCUCAACGCCGUCUUGAGAGAAACGUUACGGCUUCACCCGCCUGCCCCAGCAUUCACGGUCCGGUCAAAACAGGAUGAAGUGAUCGGGGGAAAGUACCACGUCACAAAAGAUACCGCGCUCGUCUGUUUCUUAAUGGCUAUCCACAAGGAUCCUGCGGUCUAUGGUGAAGAUGCCGAACAGUUCCGCCCCGAGAGAAUGCUGAAUGAGGCAUUCAGCAAACUUCCUCCCAACGCGUGGAAACCAUUUGGGAAUGGCUCGCGCGCAUGCAUUGGUCGACCAUUUGCGUGGCAGGAGGCUCUGUUGGCUCUGGCCAUGUUGCUUCAGAACUUCGACUUCAGCAUGUCGGAUCCCACUUAUCAGCUCGUGCUUCAAUCUACAUUGACUGUCAAGCCCAAAGGGUUUUUUAUGCGUGCGAAAGCUCGGCGACCCGACAUCGAAACCAGAUUGCUGGGACGGUCGAUCCCCAGAGAUACGGCUAAGCAUCAGCCACCACCGGCGCCGGCAAGCAGAAAUUCGGAUCACACAGACUCGAAAUUACCAAUCCUCUCAAUCUUUUACGGGUCCAACACUGGGACCUGUGAGGCCAUGGCGAACUCUUUGGCGUCCUCGGCCGCUUCCCACGGCUUCCAGGCCAAAGUUGAAAUAUUGAAUAAAGCGGUGGAUGCGUUACCAACCAAAGGCCCAGUGGUGAUCAUCACCUCAAGUUACGAAGGAGAGCCACCGGACAAUGCGGCGCACUUUGUGUCUUGGCUGGAAGGGUUACAAGGCACAGAAGCCAGCGGAGUCAAAUAUGCCGUGUUUGGAUGUGGAAAUCGUGACUGGCAACACACCUACCACAGGAUCCCCAAGCUCGUGGAUGCCACCCUUUCCGAAAGAGGCGCUGAGCGUUUGACGGCCAGAGGAGCUGGCGACGCAAACGAUGCUGCUUUGUUCGAUACGUAUGAUACAUGGAAAGAUGAGCAGUUGUGGCCUGCUAUCGCCAAAGCUUUCCAGGUCGCAUCAGAGGCUGUGGAAGGUCCUCGAUCCUCGGGACUCGAUAUUCAGAUAUCUGCUGACAGCAGAGCGUCUUUCCUUCGGCAGGAUCUCAAACAAGGUCUGGUGCUUGCGGCAAGACUUUUGACCGCGCCAAACGGGCCAGAGAAGCGACACCUCGAGAUUCAGUUGCCUUCAGGAAUGUCAUACAGGGCUGGAGACUACCUGGCAGUCCUUCCUUUCAACCCGACAAGAAAUGUGCGGAGAUGCCUGGCAAGAUUCGGUCUUCCUUGGGAUGCCAUGAUCACCAUCAACCCCGAAACUCACACCGCGCUCCCUUCCGGGAGACCUCUGCCGCUUUUUGAAGUCCUGUCGGCUCUCGUGGAACUGUCGCAGCCGGCGACAUCGAAGCAAUUGAAGCAGGUGGCCGCAACAAUCGCAGAACCUGCCGCAAGGGAAAGCUUGGAAAGACUCGCAAGCGACGCCUUCAAGCAAGAGAUCUUGGACAAGAACAAGUCCCUUCUCGACAUCCUGGAGAGAUAUCCCGGCGCACAAUUCUCGCUCGGACAAUUCCUGGAGGCGCUCCCAUUGAUGCGAAUCCGCCAAUACAGCAUUUCGUCCUCCCCUCUGGAAGACCCAUCCAAGUGUACCAUCACCUACUCGGUUCUUGAUGCUCCGACAAGGGGUGGAGAUCCGGACAAGGACCGUUUCUUGGGUGUCUGCAGCAAUUACCUCCGAUCUCGUGCACCGGGUGACUGGAUCCACGUUGCGGUGCGCCCGAGUCACGCAGGGUUCCACCUCCCUCUCGAUGACACCACUCCGGUGCUGAUGGUUUGCGCCGGUACGGGCCUGGCGCCCUUCCGAGCGUUUGUCCAAGAGCGCGCACUCAAGAUCAAGUCUGGGAAAGAACUGGGCCCCGCAUUACUGUUUUACGGCUGCGGAUCGCCCGAUGGGGACGAGCUCUACAAGAGCGAAUUCGCCGAGUGGGAAGCGCAGGGCGCGGUGAAAGUGCGCCACGCCUAUUCACGAGCACCGGACCGGAGCUUCGGCUGUCGCCAUGUUCAGGACAGGAUAUGGCACGACAGAAGCGAGGCAACCGAACUCUUCAUGCGGAAUGCACGGAUCUACAUGUGUGGCGCUGGUGCCGUGGGAACCGAAGUCAACACAGUCAUGGCCAAGAUCUUCAUGGACGCCAAGGGGGUCUCGCAGGAGUCGGCCGAAGCAUGGCGCGGAAAUAUCUAUAAUGACCGGCUAAAAAUAUAUGCAUUCCACGACUGCAUCUUUCGCGGUAUAUCCAUCGUCAGCACUGGUUACAACAAUAUGUGGAAAAAGCAGAGAAAGAUUUUCAAUUCGGUCGCAGGCGCCGCUGCUGCCAAAAAGUUUCUUCCUUUUCAAGACUAUGAAGCCAAACAGUAUCUCCAUGACUUGCUGAAAUCUCCCGAACAAUUUUACCUGCACACAGAGCGGUUUGGGGCCAGCAUUCUCACUACAGCAGUCUAUGGCCUCCGUGCGGAUGGUAUCACUGAUCCUUCUGCGCUGGGAUUGCUUCUGACCGGGUCAUGGCUGGAGAGCAAUCUUCAUCCCGGAAAAUUUGUCAACGACAGAUGGCCGAUUCUGCAGCAGAUCCCACGAUCUCUGGCGUGGUGGACAAAAACCUAUGAUGACAAUGCGAAAAUGCUCGACUUAAUUGCACGGGCAUGGAGGGAUCCUGCGAAGAAGGCCGUAGACCAAGGCAAAGCUGUGCCAUACUUCGCAACCAAUUUUAUCAAGCAGUACCCAUCAGAAGGGUUCAACGAAGACGAGGCGGCCCUUGUCACUCUCGGUCUGAUGCUGGCUGGCGCCGGCACCACCAGCUCGAUCCAGAAUUAUCUGAUCAUACAUCCGGGCUGUCAUCAAGGAAACCCUCCGCUGGCGACCCUUUUCAAAUCAAGCAAGGAAGACUGGUACGGAUCAUAUCAUAUUCCUACUCAUACCACCAUCAUAGCGAAUGCCUAUUCCAUCCAUCAAGAUGAGAAACGGUACAAAGACCCCGAAGUCUUUGAGCCUAUGCGCUACAUCGAUUACAAGCUCAGUGCUCAGGAGUAUGCGAAUAUGGAUGACGCAGAGCAACGUGAUCAUUUCGCCUAUGGUGUCGGACGCCGCAUCUGUGCGGGUCUGAAUAUGGCGGAGCCCAGCCUGUUCCUGCUUGCAUCUCGACCGUUGUGGGGGUUCAAUGUCAGCCAGAAGUGUGAUGAAAAUGGGAAACUGAUUCCUAUCGACACCCCGGGAUAUAGCGGAGGCGUCUUCGCCAAACCGUUGCCAUUUGAGGCCUCUAUAUCUUGUCGAAGCGAGCUGAUCGGCACCUGGCAGAUUCCCUACCCUUCAGGACUCACCGAGAAGCGAGUGUGCCUCGCUGCAAGGGGCCUUCGUGAAGAUUCAGCCCAAUACCCACAGGUUCCUACUAUCGAACAUUCUACCUCGUCCACAGUCCCCACAGCCACAAGGGCUGGGGGGGUUAGCGCCGUGGUGCCUGGGCCCGUCAUUUUCCGGGCGCUGCUCGCGCCGACACGGCGGCCGGCUUACGCGGCUCAAGUCAACGGAAUGCCCAUGCCGUUUAACCCUGUUCUGACCACAGGACCCUGUUCUACAUGUGCCUUUCGACAUGGACUGCUAUCCACCACUUUACCACUCGACGCAUCUUUCAUCCUUCAAGUCCAUCUCUGGGAUGCUUUCACGGGUAAAUCUACAGUGCAUACUCUGUCAACGAUCCAUCCGGCCGUGCAUUCGGCCGUGAAGAUCCGGCUGCUUCCCCCCAGCGGUAACCUUAAUCUGAUACCCCUGUCGGCGCUCAUAGUCGUCGUCUCAAGAUAUGCGGUCUCACCCUGGGGCUGCCCAUAUUCCACAUCUUGA